UCCAUGCCUGACAGCGCUGCGCUUGAAUACAAUUGUCGGUUCGAUGUUGCUGCAUACACCACUGUAUCAUUUGGAUACGAUCUAUCAAUCAUAUUCACGAGCAUGCUUGUUGAGUGAUACCGUGCAUAGCUACUCUCCCGGUGCUCGAGGAGCCUCGCAGUACGCUUUCCAUACCACUACUUACUGGAAUACACGACGAGUGGAUGAAUAUUGCGUAUCAUGUUGCCCUUCUAUUUGAUCUGCAAGGCUAGAACUGAGGAAGCAGUCAUUGACUCAAAGCUACAGGUAUCAAAAUCAUUAGUUACAAGGAUAGCAGUAUCACAAGUUCGCCAGACGUAAAGUAAAUGAUCAGCAGUACCGCGAAGUGGGGGGAUGUGCGUAAGAGUCCCUGUACUUUACUUCUUUUUCUUUUUCUUCGCUCCCUUGCUGUUAGUUGCUUUGAUGGCCGGGGCACUUAUCUUCGAUUUCUUGUCGUCAACCUCUUUCUCCUCCUCGGGAUCAUUACCCUCUCCAUCCCCUGUCGGAACCGGCCGGCUCAGGAGCAGCAGUGGUUUCUACAGGGGGUGCUGCUGUUUCGUCUGUCGUUGGUACCACAGCAUCCACCACAUUGGCCGGCGCCUCAACUGGCGCAGGGGCCUCUUCUGUCGUUUGUACGGGAGCGGCAGGCGUAUCACCCGGUGUUGUGUCCCUACAAUGGAAGAGGGCGAGGGAGUGGAAGCGGGGAUGCGUCAGGCUUCGGUGAGGCGGAACUCUUCUUGUCAUCACCGAUGAGGAGAUUACUGAUUGAUCCUGCAAGAGAGCCGAGGCUUCCAAGAGAAGAAGUGUGUUCGGGUCGGAAGCAAGGAUGAACCAGGUCUUGGUGAAGACUUGGAACUCUUCCUGCCAUCAGCGUUGAGGAUAUUACCAAAUCCUGCGAGAGUAGAGCCGAUGCCUCCAAAAGCGGAUGCAGCUGGCAUGGACCAACUUGUUCUCACCCCCAAUCCA